GAAGUCCAGAGAAUCAUGACAACAGUGCCAUCGCUACCGGAGCAAAUCGACGCGUUUGCCAAACUCCGUCGAUAUUUUGCACCAGAGGAAGGCAGCCAUUCCUACGCUGCGAUCCAAAGUUAUCUCUCCAGUAAAAUAGACGCCCAAGGGGCCAUCAACCAGAUUGCGCCGCCAAUCGAGGAAGCAUACACGACGGGAGAUUAUGGAAGGAAAAUGUAUCUAUGGGAUCUCUAUUACUCUAUCCUUCACUCCGCCAAACGCAUCCCAUGGACCGACGGGCCCGCACAAGAAAAGCUUCUCGAUCUGAUGAAAGCGCUGAAAUCACGAUCGGAUCCUGAGGCACCCUUCAAGCGCCUCCAACUCACUCCAGAUGUCCACCCCAAUUGGGUGUUAACCUCCGAUGGGCUCUGGAGUACACUACUGAUGCUCGGCCCCAGCGCAAGAGAGGCAUGGGAUGACGGCCCGGGCUGUGGCGCAGAAUUCCAGGACCCCGAAGCCAGAGCUUGGGCGAAUGUAAAUGCUUUCGCAGCAAGGAUUACACGAGACGGCAUUGGGGACUGGUGGUGGUGGGCGAUCUGGGCGCUACGUGAUGCGCUCGAACCGAGGUAUAAAAGGAAUGAGAAGUAUAAGCUAGAUGUGUUUGUUCCUGCGGCAGCUGUGUGGCUCCUAAUCCUUCAUGACCACAUUUGGAAUCGUGUCCGGGCGGAGAAAGAGAAGCUGUGGAGUAAAGAGAAGUAUUUGGAGGCGAGAAUUCGGAAUAAAGAGGAGUCUGUGCUUGCGUUCAACACAAGGAGAUGGGCUUUCUGGAGGGAGAGAUUUGGCCAUAUAAUGAUUGAUGAAGAGGUUCGGGAAGAGACGCGGAGGGUAGCAAAGAUGGCU